GUAUCGAUAAAUUAUCGAUAGUUGACCUUUGUUAUCACUUUUGAAACGCAUUAUCGUGAAAGAAAACUUACGUAGCCUUUGUAACUUUAAACUAGCACCAUUUUCGCGUUAUUUUUCUUUUGUUUUUACAUUGAUUUUCACCUGUCGCGCGCGGACGCAUUCUUCUAAUUGACAAAUGACCGUUCGCGGUUCUCGGAGAAAUUUGAUGAAAAAUCAGUCGUUAACUCUGCUCGAUAAAUUUUCUUUCGCCGACGAAAAUCAGCCCGAUGCAAUGACAUCGUAUACAAAUACAUUCGAGACGUUUGAAAAAUGGACGUAAAGACGAGUCGGUGCUUAAAGUGCGAUGGGGACGUGGUGGUGAACACCGAUCACUGCCCGAAAUGUGCGACUUCUCUCAAGUUCGCAAAGAAAUCUGCUGGCCCAGCAACGGUUAACGGUAAGGCGGAGGCGAUGAAAAUGUCCACUAAACCUCUGGAAGUUAACUAUGCGAUGCAAAUCGUUUCUAUCGGAGUUAGAUCCGACAACGUUUACGAGGCAAGGAUGUUGUUAGCCCCAGAGGUAGACAUGUCUUCGAUCAAAAUAACCGUGAAAGGGAACAACCUUCGCGUGAACGUAUGCAAGCCGUUGAACGACAAAAUCGUGAAUCAUCUGCCAGACAUCGCCGAAACAUCGGUUCUCGGCGAUCUAAUUAAAACAACGAUGAAACAUUGCGAAAAUCUUCUGAUACCGGACGAUAUCGAUGGCGAGAAAAUUCGCGCAGUGGUGGACAAUAAGCAAAGAAUGCUCGUCCUCACGGCACCCGCGAUCAAACCCAGUCAAACAAGAAAGAAAAUAAUCGUUAAAAAUUGAGAGAAAAUUCCGAAUUGCAAUUAUUUUCCUACUCUCGUUUGCGCUAUUGCGCGAAGCUAUCGGCGAUAAUCAGCGAAAUACGAAUCUCGAUGGAACGACUACCAUGGAUGAUCGGUGCUUGUUAAAAAUCGAUAACCUUCGAGCCAUGUACAGCCGUACUUAUAUAUGAUUUCCAAUGUAUUUUAGUCAUUUGUAAAUUUAUACCGAUCGCGUCAUGGACUAUUUACCGCGCCAUUGUCGCGAAAACGCAACCUUUUUCAAGCAGAACGAUUACAUAAACUUUGAAACGAUAUCAAACGGAGUAAGAAUGAGUUUCAAAUUCACAAAAGUUCCCAACUUUUACAUCAUCGACAACAAAGAGUGCUACGCUGUACGUUUCUGUUUCAACUACUUCAAUCUGCUACAUCAAUUUUACUACUACGCGAUACAAUUGUUAUUCGACUAGUAUACGUAAAUUCGACAAGAGUAAAACCCCAAAUUUUUACCAUAGAUAAUACAUAUAUAUAUAUAAAUACAAUACUAUAGUAUUUAUUUAAUUCACAGACGGAAAUGAAAAUCGAGGGAUUAAAAGUAGGAUCGGUUACUUUAGCCACUGAAAACGUGUUGAACGUAAAGUUGCAUAGUUCCGAGAAGUGGUCGCAUGUCAGGAACUUGAAUUUUCUGAUGCCGCCGGAAACGAACGUGAAAAAAGUGUCGGUCGAGGUACU